AUGAAUUAUUGGGUGUACUUGUUAUUAGGGCUAUUGUCAUUAGCUUACGUGGGAACAGUAGUGUUGUUGAACAAGUCUCCCCAUGUAAAAGUUAAGGGCAUUGGUUUCUUCUGCAUUUUAGGUAUCACUUUCAAUGAUGGGAACAAAGUCAUUAGAAUUAAGAAACUUAGAUUGAAAAUUAACCUCUUUAGAGGUAAAGACAGUCCUUUGAAGUUAUUGAACUUGGAAAUCCAUGAUUGUCAGAUUAAAAAUUUGACUGGAAGUAAGGAGAAGUCAGUUAAAGGACCAGAAGGACCCAUUGACUUGGACCAUAUUCUCAAGUUCAUCAUCCCCAAAAGGGUCUAUGACUUAAUAUUCUAUUAUCAGAUCCUUAAUCAAUUCCAUAUCAUGAUGUUCCGUUGUUCGAUCCAUGAUGAAGCCAUUCCUGAUACUAUCCUUUACUUUGACUAUGCAAAAUUGGAGAAUUCUUUGAGAUACGAUGGUCAUAAUGUUUUGACGUUAUUGUUGUUCAAUGGGUUCUUACAUGGAUUUGAUGAUGCUGAAAGAAUUCAAAUCUUUAGAAAUGUUGAAAUCAUUCUUUCCUGUGACGCUAUUUUCGACUGUAGGAUCGAUGGAACUAUGGAUGUUGGCAUUAUCAAUUUCUCACUAGGACUUUCUUUGGGGAGAGUUCAUAUACCCUUAGACCAUUUGCCCUUAGCUGGGAAGAAACCUAAGGAUACUCAGACAGUUCAUCAUCCUAUAAGUAAAGGAAAACUCGAGUUAAUUCGUCAAAUAUGGGGAAUUAUUGAUAGUGCUAAAUUAACCCUUGAAGAUUUCAAAAUCACCUCCGGUCCUUAUAGGCUUUCGUUGGCUACGUUUCAAACAUCAUUAACUCACAGUAAGGAUAGUUCCCUGAAGUCACUAAGUGAUUGGAGUCUUCAUAUUGCUUCAUUAAAGAUCUUUGAAGCCGAGACCAAAUGUUUUGAAUUACCUUCAGCUACCAUAAACUUCCAAUGUAAUCCAUUUGGAAUCAUUCAAGGUCUUGAAAACACUCAUUCAGCUGAACAGAUCUCCGAUGCUGCAGAAAAGUCCGAUGUUUCUCUUAGUAUCAUUCUUACUAAUCCUACGAUUGAUAUUUAUCAUGAUCAACUAAUGAGACUUAAGAUUAGGAAGUUCAGGAACACUUUCAAUAAGAAAGACACUAACACCACCAUCAAUUAUAUGAAUUUCUUACUUGCGUUGAAUUAUGUCACCACUAAGAUCGUUAUAGUUGAUACUAAAGUCACUGAACAUUUACCGGGAUUCACAUCCAACAAUUAUCGUCGUGAUGAUGCCAAUAACUUGACUAUUAAAUGUACAGUUGAUUCAAUUAUCCAACGGUUUGCUACACAAGACUUACUGAAGAUGUUGUUGAAGAAGAUCACUAAGAAUCAGAACUUGUAUGGAUUGUUCAAAAUCAAAAAUUUCAAAGCUGAGCUUAAUGAUAACAUUUUUUACAUCUCCAAAUCGAAUUUCUUAACUACUUACAAUGUUCAGAACAAUAAAGUAUCAUUGAAGUUGAAUAUUAAGAAAUUUAAGUUGAAAUCUGUGAAUGAUGCCAUUUUCCUUGCUUUUAGGAACGUCAAAACCAGAAAGAUUUUACUUGAAAACAAACUCUAUAGUGAACUUAUCGAACAAGGUAUAGCCACCGUUUGUCCUACCACUCCGACGGUUGAUACCAGUGAAUAUGUGGAAUUGUUCAAUAUUUUACCUGAAAUAGUCAAUUAUGUUAAGGUUGACAUUUUCGAAGUUCAAGCUGAUAUUAUCUGUAAAGAGGGUUUACCACUGCAGAAAUUCUAUGACGAAAACUCCGGUAAAACCAUCGAUUUGAAGGAUUAUGGACGUGGGGUAUCGAUCAAGUUGGGGCACAUAACCUUGAAUUAUAAGAAAGAUAAAGAAGAAGUAUCGUCACAUGUUUAUAACUUCCAAUGUUUCACAUUGAGUGAAUUGAACUUGGAUUAUAUGGAUGACUUUGAUGUUGUGGCCAUGUAUAAUAACACCCAAUCAGAUUUCAGCGAUGUUUCAAGUUUAGAAUCCAUAGCUCUAGCUGAGAGGGAUGAAGAGGAUUUGAAACAAGUCAAGAAAGUGUUUGAUCUUGAUGAAAUGGAAAUCAAUAACUUCACCAAUAAGCAAAGAGAUAAGAAUAGAUUGAGUGUGAAAGUAUCGGAGAUUAACGGUAGAGUGGAUAUUUUCCUUGUUUGGUGUGUGGUUUAUGCUAUGACAUUAUUAAAGAAUUUCUCUCCUGAUGUAGAAAGAUUAUGCUCUAAGCAACAAAUGAACUCCAUGUUAGGUAAGAAUGAGAAGAAAUUGAAACUCGACGUGAACAUUAAUGUCAUAGCUAUAGUCACGAGACUUCCUCGUAAAAUCGACGUGUUAUGUGAAUUUGAUACUUUCAACUUUAGGGACGUAUUUGAAACCAGUACAAUUGAAUUUAAGUAUUUCCGUAGUUAUGUGGUUCAUCCAAAAACCAAACUUUGGUCAAGAUUCCUUACUAUGAAAGAAUCAUUUGUCACUGUGAAUGCUCUAGUGGAAGAUAACAAUUUGUUAGACAUUGUUUGUUCGGGAAUGAGACUUAAUAUUCCCCAUGGGUUCUUAUUUUAUACGGUGUUUGAUAAUAUCGUCACUUUUGGUAAGGCCAUCAAACAGAUCUUUCAUAAUUUCGAAAAUAUCCGUAAUAAAAUUUAUGACUUCGAAAGUAUCAAGCCUGAAGCCAAAGGUCCUUUCCAUAUGCCCCCUAUCAACUUAAAGAGUAAGAUUUUGGGGAUAACGUUGGAAAAUGAUCCGUUCGAAAACGAAAUCAGUUAUAUCUUGGAGCUUGGGAAAUAUGAACAGAAGAUUAGGUUACAGAAAUGGAAAGCUUUUGAGAAGAAAUCCGAAGAGAUUAUGAAUAACACCAUUGAUAGUAAGAUCAAACUUCAGGAAAAUGGAUCCAGAAGUCCUAAUAACACCGCUUUCAAAUUCGAUAAGUCAAAGAGAAGUGAACCGUUAUUAUCGGACCAAGAAGCUCACGACAAGAUAGCCGAAGCCAGGGAGUUAUUGGAAGCAGAGAUGUCAUGUUCUUGGAUUCAUAAGUUUCAGAAAUUUAGAACCACCAAGCUUAAGAAUUGGAAACACAGAGCUGAUAGAGCUUGGGGUGAGGAAAUCAUUAAUGAUAGAAUUACUGAGAAGUUCGAUAUCUUGAACUAUCUUCCAGGACCUUUGUUAUUGGGUGCUUUCUUCAGGAAUUUGGACUUAUCGGUGAAAACGUCCCCCAUUGAUGAUCUCGAUAAGUUCCUCCACGAUUUCGGUAAAGGUCAACCUAAGUUGGAUUAUUCCAUUUUAGUACCUUUAUACUUAUCGAUCAAAAGUUCAGGGUUCUUUGUGUUCUUAAGAGAUUAUGCUUUACCAUUAAUAUCAUUCCCUGAUAAUGAUAAUGCCAAUAAACCGUCAUUUCAAUUGGAUGGGAAUAUCGUAAUUAAUGAGAAGAUGAUUACUCGUAAGGAAGAAAUGAGACUUAUUUGGGUCCCCUUCUCACCACCCAUGGCACCAGAUUUGACCGAAGAUAGUUUCUAUUCUGUGCUCGUACCUAGAACCUUAACCCCUGUCAAGUUUAUGACGGAUAUUAAUUGUAAGAUCGAUUCCGAUCGGGCGGCGAUGAUUAGUUAUUGUAAAUCGUACCAGGCAGUUUUACUGGCAGCUACAUCGGCUUUAGACAAUUUCACCAAACCUCCGAUUGAUGAUAGUCCUUUGGGAUGGUGGGAUAAAGUGGCGUUAUUGGCCCAUGGUCGUAUAACAUUUGAAAUAGCCAAUGAGCUAUGUUUCCAUAUGAAAUCUUCAACUGAUCCUUAUGAUUUAACCGGAAGAGCUUCAGGGUUUGUGUUCUGUUGGAAGAACAAUGUGGUGUUGGCUAUCGAUGGGAAUAAAAAACCUAGUGAAAUCGUCACCUUAAACAGUGAUGAUUUCCUUUUGGCUAUUCCUAAUUAUUCUUUGGCAGAAAGAAAGUCUUGGAGUCUCUUUUAUGAUGAAAUGGCCGACGAAUCAAGCUACGAUGAUGAUGCUGAGUCUAAGAAGUAUCAGAAAAGAGUGAUGGAAUUAUCAUCUGAUGAAAAAGUCCAAUGGACGUUGGGAUUCUCUUUUGAACGGAAUAAAAAUGAUUCGGUAUCGUUGUCCGAUAAAGAAGAACGUACAACUUUAUUCCGUCCUCAUUAUGACGUGUUUGUCACCAGUCCUUAUUACGAUUAUCAUCCUGAUUCCUAUGAAGGGUAUAGAUCAGAUUAUCUUCAUAUGGCGAUUUCGGUGAAAUCCACUUCCAAAAAGGGUAACUCCUCCAAUACCGUACACCUUACACCAUUAACAUUUGAAUAUUUCUUCUAUUGGUGGCAUACUAUCACUGAAGAAACUUCCCUCCCGGUACGUCAAGGUCCGUUAUUCAAUUCGGCUAAUUCUAUCGAUAAGUCCCAUGUUAAAAUGUCGUCCCAUCUUUUCACCGUGAAAUAUCAAUUGAUCUUUGAUAGGCUCACGAUCUCUCAUUUGUACUUACACUCGUCAGGGGAAGGUAACAAGAGAAUCACAUUCACGGGUUUGAAAGCUAGGUCAUCUAAAGUAAUCAUCGACUUACAUCAAAGGAAGGAAUUGUUAACGUAUGUGAAUAAGAAACUUAAUAUUGAGAAUCAAAUCAUGCAUUUGAAGAUGAACCAGGCAGAGAUAUCGUUCGAGGAUACUGACAUUCGUCUUGUUAAUGCUAUCUUUGCUGACCAUUCGGUCCAAGCCAAUUUGGCUAAAUAUCUACAAGGAAACAGUCUUACUGAUUCUUCUUCCAAUGAUACUGAGCCUAGUGGCAAUAGGUACCUUGGAUGGGUCAAUGGACUCGAUAUUCAUGGAGAUGAUUUCUCAUGGAUAGAUCAAAGUGAUUUCAUCGAACUAGAACAAAGAGAGGUGUUAUCUCCAUAUCCUAAGAUCACCGUAGCUCCCUUCUGUUAUAGUCCGAAGUUUACUUAUGUUAGGGAAUUCUCUCUUCAAGAAGAUGGACCUUAUCCUUUCGGACGAGAAGAUGUUCAUGAUUGUCAAAUAGGUUUAGAGAAACCCGAAGAUACUCAAGGAUCUUUAUUAUCUGAUAGGUUAAAGAUCAUUCAACAGGAAUUAUUGGCCAAUGAAGAACUUUUGAAGAGCUUAAAAACAGCUCCUCAAGAUCCUUCGAUUAAACAAGAAAUCAUCAGAGUUAAAAAGGAGAUUGAAAUCACUAAAGAUAAGCAAGAUUUGAUUCAAGGAGUUUAUGAGGAAAUUACUGGUAAAAUAGCACCUGGUGAUGAUGUUAGUGGUACAGAUGACCUCGCAGCCAAUACUAUUUCUAGGUUGAAUUCCAGACUGUUAUCGGUAUAUUCUGGUCAUAGAUCAGUGGAUGAAGCCAAUCAAGUGAGAUUAUUGAACAAAGAAGCUAGUGAGUUCCAUAAUCGAUUCAUUGUUCAUAAUCUUCAGUUCAAAUGGAAUGAUAAACUCCGUGAUUUGUUCAUGAUUUAUAUGAGAUUGGUAGGAGAUAGGAAAUCUCAGACUUAUUAUAUGAGUCGUAAGGCAGUAGAUUUAGUGGAAACGGUAUUAAAUUGCGUUCCUGAUGAAUUUGAGGUACCUAAGCUCGAAGAAUCUUUUUGUACGGAAUGUAAAGCUGGAGAAGAUGUUCUUAAUGGGUUUGAUGAUUAUCUUGAUGAUGUUAAUAAGGAGAUGGAGGAAGCCGAACAUAAAUUCUUGAUUAAAUUGAUUCACCCUCAAAUUCAAUUAGUUAGUGAGAAAGACCCUGAGUCGGCUGCUUUGGUUGUAUCGAAAGAUUUAGAGAUGAGAGUUAUCUCCGUCAAUGUUAAGGAUUUCAGUAAACUUGUGAGUGCUGAUAAUGAAGUUUCUGGUCUUAUAGAGACUCGUUAUGGAGGUAUAUUCAACUCAUCCUCAAUGUUAGUGUUUAGGAAAAGUGACUCAGUGAUUUCUCAUCCAAACACCCCGUAUGGUUAUGUUGAUGGACAAUUAGCAGUUGACUGGCCACCUUGGAUUGAAUGUGAAAACAUCUAUGAUGGUUCAUAUAUGAAAGAUAAUGUCGUUACGGAAAGAAAUAGUAUGGCAUUGACUGUUAGGAAACCCAAUUAUCUUUACGUUGAUAGUGGAACUUCCAGUCAAAAGGAUGAAAUUAAAGUCCAUAUUGCCAAAUUCGUCAUUAAUGCCGAUUCCAGGCAGUACACGACCUUAUUCCAUGUUAUUACCGAUUUAUUACUUCAUAGUAAAGCCGAGAAGAAUUCUUUGAUGAAUAAACUUGAUAAGAUCAUGUCAUUGGCUGAUAAUGAUGAUUUCUAUGGUCUUGAUGUUAGGGUGAAAGAGUUACAAGAAUCUAUCAGAGAGUUCCAACACUUACUUUUGAGACUUGAUAUAAAGAGUAUCAAAUUGGAUGCUAGAGAGCAAAGAAUGGCUAAUCAGUUGGAGUUGGAGAUUGCUAAACGAAGAUUGGAACUUUCAACUAUCAUGAGUGGAUUAGGUUUAAGGAAUAUGAAGCUUAGUACUAACAAAAGAGCUUCUAAGUCAUGGCUUAUUUCCGUUGAUCAAAUUAUUUGGCAUUUAUUGGAUAAUAGUAGAGCUCCGUUUAUUGAUUUUGCUCUUGCAGAUGCUAAAUUCAAAAGAGUUGAUGCUAUGGAUGGAUCUAAUCGGAACAGGGUGGAAGUCAAUAUGAUCCAAGGGUUUAACUUACAAGAGAAAGCGGUUUAUCCUGAACUUCUUUCACCCAUUGAUGAAGAGUCACGGGAUAAGAAUACACCGAUAGUGUUAAUGACAUGGAGAAUGUUGAAUAGUGUGGGAGGUAUUCCAAUAAUGCAAAGUGCUAAGUUAUCUAUUCAACCAUUGAAACUUCAACUUGAUUAUGAAACUUCGAAGAAACUUUUUGAGUAUAUGUUCCCCAAGGAAAAGAAACAGAAGUCUAAGAAGACUAGAGUCACCAGCUUUGAUGUUAGUAGAAGUCCAGACAUGAGAAGUUCUGAUAUUAGUAGAAGUCCAGAUAUGAGAAGUUCUGACGUUAAAAGUUCCGAUCGAAGCGACAUUAGAGAAGAUUCGCGACAUUCAAGACAGUCACGUGAUAUGAGUGAUAUUAGUUCAAAUGAUUUUAUGCCUAUUGAAAGACCUAAGAAUGUAUUUAAAAACUUCAUUAAUGGUAGUAGUAAGUCUUCACAAUCUACACCGACCGAUGAUGAAUUUGAUCUCAGCUCCAGCCAUUCUUUAAAGAAGAUAACUUCUACUUCCACGAGAUUUUCAUCCAGUGAAGAUGUUUCCCUCCCACCAAUGGAUAAGAUCGAUUCCAAGGCCAAGGAGAGUAAAGAUUGUAAAUUACCCAGACGUAGACCUAAGAAGAAGACAGAAGAAGAUGAAGACGACAUUGCGUUGAUUCUUUCUCGUUCAUCUAAAUUCUUCUCUAUUGUUGAUAUAGAAGUGGAAAAAGUUAAGUUAAUCAUUAGUUUCAAAGCUCCAGGACAUCUUAACAUCAUAGAUGUACAUAAUUUAUCAUUGAAUAUCCCCACUUUAAGGUAUCAGAACAAAACCUGGUCAGGAGAAGACUUUAUCCUCAGACUCAGGAAAGAUAUCAUUAAAGUGAUCUUACAACAUACGGGACAAAUCUUGGGUAAUAAAUUCAAGAUAAGGAGAAGAAGAUUACUCAAGCAACCUUUGAAACAAAUAGCUAAUUAUGCGUCAUUUGUCUCGGUGCAAGACUUACAAGGGGAGAAUAAUGUGACAGAAGAAGCUAGAAGACCUAAUCAUCAUCAUCACCAUCAUCACCAUCGUAGGGUGGAGGAUACAAGAAGAAGUAGUAAUCAUCUUCAAUCUUUUGAAAAUAUGUUACAGGAGAUAGUUGAUGAAGAGGAGGAGGAGGAAGAUGAGCCGGAAUCAUCGACUUCCACUAAUUAG